CUCUCAUGACUCAUCCAUCACAAUGAAACAAUAGUUGACAUUUUGCAAACUCACCCAUCACACAAAAUCAAAACACAUACAACCUUUGAGUGUGAGCAACAUAUAGAGUUUUACUACUAUUUUUCUAUUACUAUGAAUAUGAUCUAUAAUCUAACAAUCUAGAAGCUACUUAAAACUUAUAUCAUGAUUCAUGUUGCCACCAAGAGCAAGAUAUGCUAUUCUAAACAAAGUUUGAAGCUAAGUUCAAUUCAAGGCAUAGAAAGAAAAUAUGGAUGAUGUAAGUUCUGAGGUUUCUGAUAAGCUUUCAGAUAAUCUAUUUUCAAAUCCAGAAUCAUGUAGCAAUUUUCAAGCUUCAACAUCUUUGAACACAGUUACUGAAUUAUCUAAGAACACCACAAAAACAUGCACUCACACUCACACAUGUAAUCCACCUGGUCCUGAUGAAGCUAUUCAUACACACACAUGUUUUCACACACAUACUCAAGUUUUUGCAUCUGAAGAUGACACAAAUUCAAGGCCAAAAAGGACUUCUGGAAAUAGAGAAGCUGUUAAAAAGUAUAGGGAGAAGAAAAAGGCACAAACAGCUUAUUUAGAGGAAGAAGUUAAGAAGUUGAAAGUGUUGAAUCAACAACUUUUGAGGAAAUUACAAGGGCAGGCACUACUUGAAGCAGAAUUGUUAAGGUUAAGGAAAGUUUUUGUACAACUUAAGGGAAAAAUUGAUAGUGAAUUAGGUUCUUUCCCUUUUCAAAAGCAGUGUUUCUCUUCUAGUGUUUACAAAGGUGAUGCUAAUUUGGUUUCUACUUCUCAACCAGUUGAUCUUGAGCUAUGUAGCUCCGAAACUUCGAAUUUUGCAUAUGCAAACAACAUGACUAGUACUGAAGUACAAACUAAGGACACACUGAAUAACUUCAUGUCAUCAGCAUCUCAAGAUGGACAAUUAGACACACUAGUUUCUUUUGUGAGUUUCUCAUCAACUGUUAUCUAUAUAUGUACUGCUACUACAGCCUUGGAUUGAAGGCGAGUCUACCGUCCGACACAUGUGAGUGUACCCAUCAACACAACAUCGACACAUGUUACAUUUAAAUCACUAUUAUUUUUUAAAUUAUUGUUGGUGUAUAUGUGUCAGUGUCGUGUCUAUAUGCUUAUAAAUUGUUAUCACUGAUUACAUGUGUGCUUGUGAGGUGAGAUUAGGUACAUAUAAUUAGUGUUACUGUAAAAGCCAUGUUAGAUAACUCAUAUUUACCUUGCCUAAUGAAGCUUUGAUUUCUAUAA